GCUCUCAUGGUAGUAGUAAAAGUCCAUCUCCCAUUCCUUUUUUUCAUCUGUUUAAACGAUGCCUGUCCUAAUGUCCCGCUAAAGCUCAUUUUCCCCAUCCAUUGUCUGCGACAUCCGGGCUUUGCUGCUGGGGCUCUAUAUCCCACGAUCCAAGACGUUCACAUCUUGUCCGUCCAGCAAUUUCAACGUUUCCCCUGCCCCCCCAUUUCCCUCUCCCGCUGUACGCCGAUGCAUAGAAGGCGACAAAGGAGACACUCAUGUUAAGACACAAGGUCGACAUCCGAUACCAUCGACCUGAUAAUCC